ACCUGGUGCCUAGAUUCGGGGCUAGAACGAACGUGUUCCCACGAACCGUGGCUGCCUCCUGCCUCGCGUUUCAACGUUCUACGUAGCUCCACCGUAGCCAGAGAGUAUAUGUCCCGCCAGGAACCAUCGCGGUUCCUCCUAACCAGAACUGCGCGGGCCGCGCCGUCAGGAUCAGCAAGGACCGUGCUCGAAGCCGCGGAACAGGAGCUCGUGAAAAACCGAGGUCGUGGUCAAAGAGCCGCAGCCGGGACCGGGGCGAGCGCGCAUGCGUCUCUUUAUCACCUGGUUGCAAGUUCCUCGCGUCGAAUGACGACACCGUUAAUUUGUGCGAUAUCGAUAACGCGAUCCUCGAGGACGAAUCGGGACCGGAGGGCAGCGGGUCGGAGAGGGUGAAAACGCGUUGAUGUCUGCGAAGCGACGACGUCAGUGCCGACGUCGACGUAGCCGGUGACGUUGACAGCAUCUACCGAGGACGACGACGACGAAGGGGCUGCGUAAGGACGAGGAAAAGGAAUGCGAUCGUCGACGCGUUUCAGCUACGCUGAAGCAGAAAGUAAAAAAGGCACGGGAACCGAGGGAAAGGGACGACGGGGAGUACACGGCUCGUUGGAACCGAGGGAGGAGAGCGAUGGUGUCGGUAGUGGGUGAAUUUGAAUCGAUGGAAUCGCGGUGAAAUCGCGCGUCCUGCGUGAUCCUGCUCGUUCCGGCCGUUCCUUUGGAUUCCUGGCGGGUUCCCAGUGGGUUCCCAGCGGGUUUCCGAGUGGCGCGCGCGCGUGCUCCGAGCCCCGAGCCCCGAGUGAUCGCGCAUCGCGCACAUUAUACCCUUCUUUCGGUUUCUUGGUGCCGCUUCUAGUGCUUCUAUGCGGAGCUGCACGGUUCUCGUUCGCUAAGGCAACAGGUGAGCCAUUCUCGCUCUCGCGAAUCGACUCGCUCUUUCUUCUUGGUCGACUCGCUUUCCUCUCCCGUCUUCUAUCUCCUCUUCUAUCUCCUUCUCCUACAUCUACGUCGACUCUCUCUCCUAUCCGGACUUUAACUUUCUUUUCUCCGAUCCGGGUUAAAUUGUCCUGGCCGAUGUAUAAUACUCGCGACAUACGCGAGUCCGCGUAGUCCGUUCGAUGCGUUUCAUCCGACGGUUCUCGCUCGACGAAGACGCGGAUCGCGUACGUUCGAUCGUAGAGAGAUAAAAAAAAAUAGAAGAAAACGUUUCCUCGCCGUCUUACGUCGACCCCUCCGAACGCGGACUAAACUCGGGAUCGAUCCAGUUUCCCCUGCGGCUGCAGAAUGGAUUAAAUCGUAAUCGACCCCGACUCCCGUUUUCUUUCGUCGUCCUCCUCGAACCCUCUUCCCCCACGAACGAUCGACCGCAUCUCGAGGAAGCCGACUUCUUUCUCUUAUCCGCACGGAAAGUCCGAGCAAUUUCACCACCCUCUCCGCCGCUCUUACGGCCGGAUUCGACGAUCCGCAAACGUAAUCCGACUUUACGCCGUACUUUGAUCCUUCGGCUCCCAGCGCGGCUCUCGUUGGCGGUAUUAAACGGUCGAUCCGAUUUCAAUCGGCGAACGGUGUUCGAUCGACGAUUUUCGAGAUCGUAAAAGUCGCAGUUUCGUUCAUUCAGCUCGCCGUGGAUUUCGCGGGCGGAGUAUCUAUCGUACGGAAAGCGCGGAGGGUCGAGGAAAAACCGAUGGAACGAGAAGACAGGGAAGUCGCGUCGUUCGCGACAAUUUAUACGGCCGUUAGGUUCUCCUUUCGGUUCGAUUGAAUCUGUUGUCGCGAGAAAAGCGAUUUUCUGGGGUGUAUGUGUGUGUGUGUGGCAGGUACACGCGAGACUCGCGGUCUUCGGUGUAACAGUUCGAAUUGGGCGAGUCGAGAGUGCCGGGAAGACGCGAAGAGAGGAAUUCCGUUGAUUCGAUGAACGUUUAAGGAUUCAAUCAUCGCGAGACACGUCAUGUUCCCGAAGUCGAAGGCAAGCGGAUCAACGCCGAGCGUUCUCCUCUCGAAUCCUCUGAACAAUAUUUACGAAGUGGGGGAGCAGUCGGCCACCGCGGGACCCGAAAACGCUUGGCGUAUUUACGAUGGAUACAAGAAAGAGGACAAGAAGGAGGUCUCGAUAUUUCUGUUCGACAAGAGAUCGGUCGAGAAGCUGUGCAAGCCGAAACGGAAGGAGAUGGUCACGGAUAUUCUGCGGAAAGGCGCGCUGAAGAUGGAGUGCAUCAGCCAUAAGAAGAUACUUCAGGCGUACGAAGUCGAGGAAUGCUCGGACAGUCUGGCAUUCGUCUCGGAGCCUGUUCUGGCUAGUCUCGCGAACGUGUUAGCUUAUAGGGAGACGAGCAAUCUCGAUCAGCCGUCGACCAAUACCGCGAAACACGCCUCCUCGGCUACCGGGCAUCGUACCACAUUCGCGAAGGAAUACAAACUGCUCGAGAUCGAGAUUAAGUACGGGCUGCUGCAGAUCGCCGAGGCCUUGCUAUUUCUUCAUGGAAUUUGUAAAAUUCUCCAUAGAAACGUUUGCCCCGCUAGUAUUAUAAUUACCAAGAGAGGCACUUGGAAACUGUCUGGUCUUGAAUUUAUCGAAGAGAACACUAGCGACGAAAUGCCGAUACCGUUGCAACCGUGGACGAACCAUGUGCACGCGCCGAAAAUGACGCAGCCCAAUCUCGAUUACACGGCUCCAGAAAUACAGCAAAAGAAACAGGGAAGCUUCUACAGCGACAUGUACAGCUUCGGCAUGACAAUAUGCGCGAUUUUCAAUCAAGGUCGGCCACUGAUUCAAGCGAAUCACAGUUGCACCGAAUACCUGAAGCAAAUAGAUAACCUUGUCACACAAGUCGCCGUGAUGUUGCCUUCGAUACCGCUGCCUCUGCGGGAAGCCGUCUCUCAUCUGUUGCACAACGAGCCGGAACAAAGGCCGACCGUUCAAACAAUGCUGCAGAUCAAAUAUUUUCAUGACCCUUCGGUGCAAGCUCUCCAAUUCCUGGACGUGAGCGAGAUGAAAACUGUGCUGCAGAAAGAGCAUUUUUACACAGCUAGCCUUAAGGAGAUAUUACCUUAUAUACCAAAGAAACUAUGGUACCAGCAUAUCUGGACGUACCUGCAAAUCGAAUUGGAAAGCCAAGAAGUUCAGUCGGCGGUUCUACAGUCAGUAUUUUACAUCGUGCAAGAGAGUACUCAAGACGAAUACGAUAACAUCAUCUAUCCAGCAUUGAGCAAGCUGUUCGCGAGUCAUAAAUCGAUUCAGGGAACGGUCACGCUCCUAGAAAAUUUGCAUUUGAUACUAAUGAGAACACAGAGAAAGUACCGGGAGUCGGAAGUGCUUCACUUGCUUUACGAUUCGUUUAACAAUUCAACGACGCAGGUACAGACCGCCGCGUUCGUAGCAGCUACGAACGUGAUGACCGACUACAUCACAGACGACGACGCCAUCCGAAGCAUCAUUCUGCCAAAAUUGCUUCAAGCGUUCGAACAGAACUCGGUCGACGCUCGCGUGCUGUUGAACGUGGUCCCCUGUAUACUAAAUCGGUUGGAGAAGCAGGAGAUCGUCGACAUGAUCCUGCCGUUGUUGUAUAACGCUCACCUUCAAGAGCCGGAGAUUAUCGUUCGGGUUGUAAAAAUUUAUAGAUUGAUGUUGAGUGAUAAAAAGUAUGGGCUCACGGUGAGCUGGAUGGCGACCCGAGCGAUGCCCUCCUUGUUGCCUCAGACGAUCAACCCAGCUUUGAACCUCGAUCAGUUCGAUAUACUCGUGAAAGUUUUACAGCAGAUGUUCAGCCACAUCGAAAGAAAUCAGAGGAAUCAAUUAUCGUUGAACCACCCGUCCUCGUUGAGUCCGGAGAAGCACUGGAGCUUGCGACAUCAGUACAGCACGGAUAACAUGCAUGUCCCGCCGUUCAAUAUACCGAACCUCCGGGUGGAGCAACGUAAAACUUCCUCCGCCGAGGACAUGGCCAGGAAAGCGAGCACGGGUUCAAUAUCGAUGACAGCCUCGGCCGAGAACAUGGCGAGGAAGAAUUCAGUGGCGGAAUGGUUCUCGCUUUCGAAGCACGACGGCAACUUCCUCAGAGUGAACAACAUCUUUACGAACCGACGUUUAUCGGACAACACGCUGACGGCGCCAAAGAUUCGCGUCGCGCAAUCCUGCGUGAGCUCACCCGGUGGGACACCCGGCGGUGGAAUGCCGUUCCGUCGUCACUCGAGCACCGGUUCCCAAGAUCCGCAUGGAUCACGCAUCAACUUGUCACCACCCACGUGCGGUGGGAUGCCGAUAAUCAGUAGCAGCGUGCCGUACUUGCUCAGCAGCCCGAGCUUGACCAGCAUACGAGGAACGAGGCGUCCGUCGAGUUCGUCCACGUCGUCCAGACAGGGCACCGGGUUGCUGCAGCAGGUUGGCUCCAGCAUGUACCAAUUUCUCAGCAAGUUCGACACAGGAGCAGAGAGGUCGCGACGCUGAAUCGUCGAGCCUGCGUCGAAGCGUUGCAGAAAUCGUGGUAACGAGCUACGAUCACCCGGAAACAUGAGCGCGAGGAGAUCUCGCGACCUUGAAAGUCAACUGUACAAUCAUUUCUUUGGCCCGUUUAAACGGAACGAGGACGAACAGCGUUCCCGCGGACACUCUGUCGAGCAACUAUGGAAAUUUCAUGGGAUUUUAUUUUCUACCGAACGCUUUUGUGUACAAUAACGUCCCUCCCUAACUGACGCUCAGAUUGCGCAGAAAAAUGGACAAUUUGGGAGGAGGAGACACGAUUA